GUCACUCUGACACUGACAGUUAUUGAUUCAUGUACCGAAUCAGAACAUGAAAAAGUCAACAUAUAAUCUGAAACUAGUAACUUUUCGGAAACAGUAUUUUACAAAUAUUCGAAAAAUGUUUCGUCAGUUUCGAACUAGUGUGUUGAAAAACUGAAUAAUAACCUAUGAUAAUUAGUAUAAUAUUCAUCUUGCUUCACUUAACUCCACAUAUAAAAUCAAGAACAUUCAUUCAUAAUAUCCAUUGGCCCUUCCAUUUGAGAAGAUAUGACCAAUUUGAUAUUCUCCAAGAAGAUGAAGAUAAAAGGGAUAUUUUGAGAGACAUUAAAACAGUGUACGCCCCAGAAAAUCGAAUCUACACAAAUGAUUCAAUCUGUAGAAUCCACGGUAAAAGAAAAAGGGCAUCCAAAUAUCAUUGCCAAGAGGAGGAAGAAUCAUGUUUCGAAGGGGUUCACCAAAAAUCAGAAAGCCAUGUCUUUGAUGAGGACAAUACCAUUAGUAAGAUAGAAAGGAUAAUUCAGGAUAUAUUUCCAGAAAUACUGAAUACCACGGUUAAGAUUCCUUUGGAAAAUAUUAACCAAGACUCUAUAAAUUAUACUACUGAGAUUCAAGACUACCCGGAUGAAACGAAUAACCUCACUGCAUUGUGGCAUACAAUAGACCCGAAAAAAAUCAGAAGUAUACAAAGUAAAAUUAUGCAAAAAUACAUGGAUCCUAGUAUUGACCCCUGCACUGACUUCUACGAGUUUUCUUGCGGAAACUGGAAAAAAUAUUACACCAUUCCGCCUGACAGAGCUACCUACGAUACAUUUGAAAUGGUACGGGAAAGCCUGGACAAUGCUCUGAAGGGACUUCUUGAACGAAUCGAUAAGAAACCCCCCAAAAAACAACCCUACUUCUUUGAAAAAAGUUUUAUAGACGAGGAUUUUUCACCCCACGAUACCUCAGAUGCUGUUAUCAAAGCAGGAGUAUUUUAUAAAUCAUGUAUGCAGGAGGAUUUGAUAGCAAAAAGGGGAGUAGGUCCUUUGGAAAGAAUCCUGGAUGAAUUGGGAGGCUGGCCAAUGGUUACAAAUAGAUUCAACAGCUCUGAAUUCGAUUUGUUUUGGUUACUUGCAAGACUGAGACUAUUGAACAAUGACGUCCUGAUUGCUCAGUGGGUUGGUCCAGACAUGAAAAACUCCAACGAAUACAUAGUUCAUAUAGAUCAAACCACCCUUGGACUACCAUCUAGAGACUACUAUCUAGAGUAUUCUAAUAUGAAGUACAUUCGAGCUUACAAGGUGUUCAUAUUAACCAUAGUGGAAUUAAUGGGAGGUCAACUUCAGAGAGCAGAAAAUGAAACCGAGGAGUUGAUACAGUUCGAAAUGAAACUGGCUCAAAUAAUGGCAUCUCCAGAGGAGAGAAGAAAUAUAUCUGAUAUCUACUUGAGAACUGAUCUUGCCUCUUUAACUCUGUACUUUCCCCAAUUCAACUGGAAAGACUACUUUGAUAUUGUAUUGGGUACCGAUAUAGACUUGAAAACACCGGUCGCUUGUUACUGUGCAAGAUUUAUACAUGAACUGCUCUAUUUAGUCAGUAUUACUGAUCCAAGAAUACUGCAGAAUUACCUCAUCUGGAGAUUUGUCAGACACAGAACCAACAACUUGGACCGAAGAUUCCUGGAUGCGAAGCAACGCUUUUAUUACAUUUUAUUUGGCCGAGAAAAGAAUCCUCCCAGGUGGGAGUUCUGCGUUUCGCAAGUCAAUUCGAACAUGGGCAUGGCGUUGGGUGCAAUGUUUGUUGAAAAGUAUUUCGACCAAAGCAGCAAAAUGGACACCAUAGAAAUGACCAAGGACCUAGAAGAGUCUUUCCGAACAACUCUAGUGGAGAACUCUUGGUUGGACAAUAACACCAAAGAUUAUGCCUUGAUGAAGUUGGAUAACAUUGAUUUGAAAAUUGGCUUUCCCGAUUUCAUUCUCAACGAUAAUGAGUUGGCCAUGAGAUAUGACAACGUUGAGGUUCAUCCAGACUAUUUUUUUGAAAAUGUUUUGACUAUCCUAAGACACCUAACACGAGUAGAACAGAAACGACUAGGAUCUGUUGUGAACCGAACCAUGUGGAGUACCCCGCCAGCAGUAGUUAAUGCUUAUUACAGCAGAAAUAAAAAUCAAAUUAUGUUUCCAGCUGGCAUGUUGCAGCCUCCAUUCUAUAACAGACAUUUUCCAAAGGCUCUUAACUUUGGAGGAAUCGGAGUGGUUAUAGGACAUGAGAUAACACAUGGAUUUGAUGAUAAGGGUAGGUUAUUCGACCAUGAAGGCAAUCUUCAUAUGUGGUGGAGAGACUCUUCUAUUGAAAAGUUUUAUGAGAAAUCCCAGUGCAUGAUAGAACAAUAUGGACAAUACGUUCUUCCUGACAUACAUGUUUCUCUAGACGGAUAUAUGACUCAAGGAGAAAAUAUUGCUGACAAUGGAGGUUUGAAACAGUCAUACCGUGCCUAUGAAACAUGGCUCCAGAAAAACCCUGAUGCUGAUGAGACCCUUCCUGGUCUGAAUCUCACCAACCGACAGCUGUUUUUCCUCAAUUUCGCACAAGUCUGGUGCGGUCAACAAAGAAUCGAAGCAGCAAAGAGUCGAAUGAAGACUUCUGUCCACUCUCCAGGAAUAUUCAGAGUGAUUGGUGUACUUAGCAACUCUGUGGAAUUUUCCAAAGCUUAUAACUGUCCCGUUAAUAGUCCAAUGAACCCAGAAUUCAAGUGUACGAUCUGGUAAAAUACUCUAUUCAAAAGUCAAAUGUUCGAUUAGUUAGCUAAAUGAAUGUAUUUCCGAAUGAAGGAGAUUAUCAAUGGGAUCCACCAAAAAACGCAUUCACUUUGAGAUAUUAUUAGUAGAAUAAUUUAAGGAAAGCGCAAUUAUUACAAUAAUCUCCAAAUUACUGACACAACAAAACUACUCCAUAUGAAAAGUAAUCCAACUAAGAAUAUCUAAUGAAAUCCAAGUUGGUGAGCGGUGGUCGAAUGGAACCAGAAGUUUCAAACUUUGUGUCUGCUACUGCAACAUCAGAAGAUAAUAUUUCGAAGUCAGGACAUAUACUACUGAUGAUGUCGGUCCCAGUUGUAGACGAAACGUUUGGUACUAGUGGUUUCAUUUGACCACGGCCUACCAGAUUUCCUUUAAGAUUCAUUUUUUCCACUGGAUGAAGAGACGAAAAAUUUCUAGACUGUGAACCUUAUACUUCUUCAGUAUAAGGAACAAACAGACAGGACGAUGAAUUUUUGUCCAGUCAGCACAUACUUGUGAGGUGAUCCUCUUCGAAAAUAUUCGACAACUGAGUACGUGAUUUCUUUCCAUAUUUUCCAAAUAAUUGAAAAAUAAAUAUCGAUGAAUGAUU